GAUUAUGUGCCUACUGUGUGUCACUCUCUAUCUUUGGCAGGUCUAAGUCUCCUCUUCUCAGUAGUGGAGCUUCCAGCAGUGGCCUAUGGAGCCUGGUGCCUGGGGAAACAGGACAGGUGUCACUGAGUUCAUCCUUCUUGGACUGACAGGAAAUAGAGGACUGCAACCCAUUCUUUUUGUCAUUUUUUUCUUUGCCUAUUUAGUCACAGUGGGGGGCAACUUCAGCAUUCUGGCUGCCAUCUUUGUGGAGCCCAAACUCCACACCCCCAUGUACUACUUCCUGGGGAACCUGUCUCUGCUGGACAUUGGGUGCAUCACCGUCACUGUUCCUCCCAUGCUGGUGUGUCUCCUGGCCUCCCAGUGCAGAGUUCCCUAUGCCGCCUGCAUUUCACAACUCUUCUUUUUCCACCUUCUGGCUGGUGUGGACUGUCACCUCUUGACUGCCAUGGCCUACGAUCGCUACCUGGCCAUCUGCCGGCCCCUGACCUACAGCACUCGCAUGAGCCGUGAAGUCCAGGGUGCCCUGGUGGGCAUCUGCUGCACCGUCUCCUUCAUCAAUGCUUUGAUUCACACAGUGGCUGUAUCAGUGCUUGACUUCUGUGGCCCUAAUGUGGUCAACCACUUCUACUGUGACCUCCCUCCCCUUUUCCAGCUCUCCUGUUCCAGCAUCCACCUCAAUGGGCAGCUUCUGUUUGUGGGAGCCACCUUUAUGGGGGUCGUCCCCAUGAUCCUUAUCUCAGUGUCCUAUGCCCACGUUGCUGCUGCAGUCCUGCGGAUCCGCUCGUCUGAGGGCAGGAAGAAGGCCUUCUCCACGUGUGGCUCCCACCUCACUGUGGUCUGUAUCUUUUAUGGAACCGGCUUCUUCAGUUACAUGCGCCUGGGUUCAGUCUCAGCCUCGGAUAAGGACAAGGGGAUUGGCAUCCUCAAUACUAUCCUCAGUCCCAUGUUGAACCCAGUCAUCUACAGCCUCCGCAACCCUGAUGUGCAGGGCGCCCUGAAGAGGGUGCUGACAGGGAAGAGGCCCCCAGCAUGAGCCGGACAGGAGUAUCAAAAUGUCCCUUCCUCCCUCCUUGAUCACCCACCUAACUUGCUUAUGCUGAAGGCCUGGGAGCGGGCAGGGGAAAUCUUUAGCGUUGGUUCUAAUGGUUCAGGGUAGACUUGGAUGGAGGACAAAUGCUAAAGAGCUUAAAGAGUAUCUAAGUUACUGAUAGAAAAUGGACUAAAGACGGAUGGGAGUAAAAUUAUAAUGUGGGUCAGGAAAUGAGAGAUGAACUAUUUUGUGGGUUUUUGUUUUAAAUUUAAUGACUGUUCACCUGACGUAUUUAAAAUGUUAAUAAAAAGAAAAAUGCUUGUCCCCACUUUUAGAUGAACUACAUUUGUAUAAAUAUUAUUUGGGGUUUUUUUUCCAGUUUCUUCUUUAAGAAAUGAAUCUAGGAUUGUGAUGUUAAGUUGGGGUUUGACAUACUCUAGGAGCAGAGUGUUGGUACCUGUCAGAGCAUCCUGCCGACACCUUCUUCAGAACAGGAUCAUCAGACACCUAUUCCCAAAACCAGCGUUCACUUCCUGACUAACUCAGGUGUAGGCAGAACACACUUACAUGCUAGUGUAUGAGCUGAUUCUCAAGACCCUCCUCCAAAACAAUGAGGACGUUUUAUUACACAGGUGUGUGAGGCCCUGCGUCUUUUCUUCCUAGCGCCUCCAACUUGAUUUUUAUCUCUCAACCACAGGCUCUUUCAGGUGACUCAUGCCUCCCUUUGCUUAGAGUCACUACUCUUAAUCUUCUCUGUGGCUCACAAAGAAAGACACUGUCACAAUCAUUUCGGUAUUUCUUGCAGCUUCCUUUGCUCUCUCCAACUAGAUCCCAAGCCCCUUAAGGAUAGCUUCCAUGUCUUAUAUUAUACCACGUCCUCCAAACACCCAGCUGAGAGCUGAGUAGAUAGUCCAGGUUCCAGCAGUCUUGUGGAUUAACUGAUAGUAGGAGGCAUGACCUAUGAGAAGAGACUUAUCUUCUAUCAGAGGUCAGUGAAACUGCCAGAUGUUUUCAAAACACCCUAGAAGACCCAAUAUUAGGAUGAUAUAAAGAUAUAAAAGGAAUUUUUUUUUAAAAAGAAGUUUUCUUCUGAUGCAGCAAAAUGAUCACUAUAUUUGGCAUAAUAGGGAGAAGUUUUUCUGACUGUGCAUAAACCCCAUUAUCAGUUCUCCUUAAAAUUAAGAAAAAACUGCUUGAAGCUAAAACUGAAGAAGGUGUCCCCUUGCGAAGAAUUAAAAAAACAGCAUUGAGUUGGCAAAAGCUGAGCACAGAGCACCAGAGUGGGAAAUCUUAUAGCGUCCAAAGACUGGCAGAAUAUUAUAGGGAUAGUGAUAAUAAAUAAGUGAUCAUAAGUUAUGCAAAAGUGUUUAUCUUUCUUUAAUUCUU